AUGGCGUGUACUUCAUCAUUUGCUUCAAGCACAAAUCCUACUCCUACUAUUAUUAGGUUUGACGUGUUCCUAAGCUUCAGAGGUGAAGAUACUCGUCAUAACUUUACCGAUCAUCUCUAUCAUGCUUUACUAGGGGCAGGCCUUCGCACUUUCAGAGACAGUGAUGAAAUCGACAGAGGUCAACAACUCAAGCCCGAAAUCCAGACCGCAAUCAUCGAAUCCAGGGCUUAUAUAGUUGUAUUGUCUCAAAACUAUGCGAAUUCCAUAUGGUGCCUUGAUGAGCUUUGCUUGAUUCUGGAGCAAAGGAGGAAGCUCAAUCGUUUUGUUUUACCUGUAUUUUAUCAAGUGCAUCCAUCAGAUGUCAGGAACCAAAGAGGAAGUUUUGUUGUUGAAAGGUCGAUAUGGACAUCGGUUGCUAAUUUGACCACAGGCUUUUCAUAUUGUUUGGCAUGUUUGGGUACAGAAACAAAAGACGGGUCAAAAUGGACGGAAGUUAAUGUGAGAAAGUGGAAGGCUGCACUAACAGAGGUUGCUAAUUUAACUGGCUUGGAACAUUCAAGUUGUGUAGCUGAUGAGGAUGACACCCAAAUCACCAUUGAGGAUCAAUUGGUCCCACAGGUAGCCGCUAGUUCAGGAUCUGAGGCAAACUUUGUUACAGAAGUGGUUGAACUUGUUAAGGGUAAACUAGAUUUGAAACAACUUAGUACCCCAGCCCAUUUAACUGGAAUGGAGGCUCGAGUGGAAGACAUCAAUUUCUUGUUGAAAAAUGAGCAAUAUAGUGUUAUAGCAAUAUGUGGCAUGGGAGGCAGUGGCAAGACAACACUUACACAACACAUUUAUAACUUAAACAAUCAAGAUUUUCAAAGCAGCAGUUUUAUUGAAGUGACUGUAAAACAACCUGAUGGGUUGCUUGGGCUACAAAAACAACUUCUCAAAGAUGUUAUGGGUGGAAAGAAAAUAAGAAUUUCUAGUGUUUCUGAGGGUACACAAAAGAUACAGGAGGUCUUAGGGAUGAAGAGGAUGCUUAUUGUUCUUGAUGACAUUGAUCAACAUGAGCAACUAAGCGCCUUACUUGGAACAAAGACGUUCCCUACACAAAGCAAGAUCAUAAUCACAACAAGGAUUCUAGAUAUUAAUGCAUGGCUUGCAUCCAUUUCUUGGAGGUGUUGGGUGCACAAAAUCAAAUUAUUGAAUGAUCUUGAAUCAUUAGAGCUCUUAAGCUGCUAUGCCUUUCAAUCCAGAACUCCUAUGAUAGAUUUCAAGGAACUUGCGGUACAACUAGCACAAUAUUGCGGAGGAAAUCCGUUGGCUCUUAAAGUAUUAGGUUCUUCUUUGUUUGUUGAUGAUGAAGAUCCAAGCACAAUAAAUUACAUGAUAGGAAUUUGGAGAAGUAGAAUGAAUUCACUGAAUUCAUUAAGAGGAAAUAUUGAUUGUAAGAUCCAAGGUGUACUACGAAAGAGCUUUGACUCUUUACCGCAUCCUAGUGAGAGAGAAUUGCUUUUGCAUAUUGCUUGUUUUUGUGUUGGUGAAUAUGUGAGACACGUGGAACGGAUAUUGGAGGACGAAUUAUAUGCAAAAUCUGGGAUCUUGACCCUGAUUAACAGAUGCUUUCUUACCGUUUUACCUAAUGGCAGACUCAUGAUGCAUCAACUACUUCAAGAAAUGGGAAGAAAUGUAGUUUGUGAAGAGUCCAAAGAUCCUGCAAAGCGUAGUAGAGUCUGGCAUGAUGCUGAAUCUUAUCGUAUGCUGAGAAAAGGAGAUUGUUCAAAUACAAUUGAAGGUCUAUCACUCGACAUGCGGAAGGUUGAGCAAGGGAUGGGAGAGGCAUUAGCUCUUAGAACUAGUUCGUUUGCAAAUAUGGACAAACUAAAAUUGCUCCAGCUCAAAUAUGUGAAACUCAUUGGCUCCUAUGAGAAGUUUCCAGAGUUAAUAUUGUAG